AGACGGUCGAAAAGACGAUAUUUUAGUAACUAUGAUUAUUGUUGAAUUAUCAAAUCUGCAGAGCUCAAUUUCAUUUCCUGUUCCCUAGUCUAUUCCUUCAUAGUCUCUUCCCAUCUCUUAUUCUAUCGGCCAAGUCGACGGAGGGCGCUGAAGACAUCCCUCCUCAACUGCCAGUUGCACACAGCGACCGCUUGGAUACUUUUGCGGUAUCGAUAACCGCCACCACCCCUCCAUCCCGCUUCUUUCUUGAGAAGCGUUCCACGACAACCAUGGCGACCUUGACGACACAGGUUCUGGGCCAGGCUGAUGGCGCCUAUUCGAAUGUGCCAUAUACAUGCAAUACAUGUCUGGUAGCAUUCCGCAGCAGCGAUGCACAGCGGGACCAUAUGCGCAGAGACUGGCAUCUCUACAACAUGAAGCGCCGUGUCGCUUCACUGCCUCCUGUUCCUCAAGAAGUCUUUACGGAGAAGGUCCUAACAGCCAAAGCCACCUCCUCCGCUGCCGCUGCCAGAGCCUCUUACGAGAAAACAUGUGCUGCCUGUCAGAAAACAUUCUACAGCGAGAACUCAUACCAGAAUCAUGUGAAGAGCUCAAAACAUAAGCUCCGGGAAUCUCGAAUGAAGAACAAGGAUGCCGACGAGACGGCGUCUGUCAUGAGCUCCGCCUUUUCACUAGGAGAGCCCAUCAACCGAACUACUUCCGCUGAGAAGAGUUCCGAUGCAGACACCGAUGUGGACAAGUUGGCUAGUGGCUUGAAGACGACGACUAUCGACGAAGAGGAUGAACAAGAGGACGAGGAGGACGCAGAGGCGGAUAAGGGGUUCAGCGUUUCUCGCUGUCUUUUCUGUCCAAUUGAAUGUUCCGACCUGAUGGCAAAUGCAGACCAUAUGUUGAAGGCCCAUGGCAUGUUCGUCCCGGAGAAAGAUUACCUCGUUGAUCCGGAAGGUCUCAUGCGCUACCUGUACCGUAAGAUCACUGAGGACAAUGAGUGCUUAUACUGCCAUGCCAUCCGCAGCACGGCUGCCGGUGUACGAACUCACAUGCGCGACAAGGGCCACUGUAUGAUCGCCUUUGAGACGGAAGAGGAACAGAUCGAGAUCGGUCAGUUCUACGAUUUUACAAGCACCUACUCGGAUGAUGAGGGCGAGUCCAGUGGCACUGAAGGCCCUGCCAUGGGUGGAGUGAAGUUGAAUGGAUCGAAUGCUGCUGAGGAUGGCUGGGAGACCGAAAGUUCUGCGUCGUCACUUGAUGAUGCCGACGGAGCGCCACAGGAAAAGAGUUCUCGAGCACAGCCUCUUGCUAUAUAUGAAUCCGACUUCGAGCUGCACCUGCCAUCGGGGCGGAGCGUUGGUCACCGUUCCUUGGCCAAGUACUACCGCCAGAACUUGCACAGCUACCCCAGCGCAGAGGAGCGCACAGCUCGCCAGCUGGCCAUCGAGAAUGGUAGUGCUGAAGAACCCGAGGAGACCGAGCGCGGACGGAACCGCAACCGUGCUGUUAUCAGCCGCGCGAAUGGCGGCAUGGGAAUGAUCGGUGCCACAGACACUCAGAAACGUGAAGCCCUAACUGAAGAACGCAGACAGCGUACUCGUGCGUUACGGCAAGAAUUACGCUAUACUGCCAAGGUCAACAAGGCCGCUAAUUCCCAGAAACACUUCCGGGAUCCUCUGCUACAGUGAUUGUCUCACAAUUUGAGACCCCUCCUUGGUGGUAUCACUCUGUUGGUCUUGCUUUCUGAAAAGUACUUCUCGGUCGGUUUUUAUAGGUUUGCGAGGUCUAGCCUAACGCAGUGGUCAUUAUUCUCCUUCCAUCUAGUUAUAUGAGACGACGUUUAAGAUGUAGAUAUUCGGCCGGGAUACAUGAUCUGUUAUCGAACCUCAAAUUCAAUCAGGGGUUCCCCUCAACCAAUAAGGGAUCCAUUAAUGACAGCAUGGAUAUAUGAUCAUUUCUUAUUUCAGAGUACUGCCUCCAUGUAAUAAUGGACCUUUGAGGUAAAGAAAUAACCGUGAGCUCGAUCAGAUAUAUGGAGCUCGCCCAUCUCAUGUGCUACGCUUCAUCUCUAGAGUUCCCUAGUAUCCAG